AGGAAAUGGUGAUGGGAUUUCAAAACUGAUCAGCGAAAACACAGAGGGAUCAGCGCAAGCUCCACAGUUACCUCGGAAAAAGGACAAGAGGGACUUCCCUAAACCAACCAUCAAUGGCCUUCCUCCCACCCCAAAAGUUUUGAUGGGAGCGUGUUUUUCCAAAGUAUUUGAUGGCUGCCCUUUGAAAAUCAAUUGUGCAACAUCCUGGAUACACCCUGAUACAAAAGAUCAGUACAUUAUUUUUGGAACUGAAGAUGGUAUUUACACAUUGAAUCUUAAUGAGCUGCAUGAGGCGACUAUGGAACAGUUGUUUCCACGGAAAUGUACCUGGCUGUAUGUCAUCAAUAACACACUGAUGUCAUUAUCAGAAGGAAAGACCUUUCAGCUCUACUCCCACAAUCUUAUUGCUUUGUUUGAACAAGCCAGAAAACCAGGGUUAGCUGCCCAUAUACAAACUCAUAGGUUUCCUGACCGCAUUCUGCCAAGAAAGUUUGCCUUAACAACAAAGAUCCCUGAUACAAAAGGCUGCCAUAAAUGCUGCAUAGUUAGAAACCCUUACACAGGACAUAAAUACCUCUGCGGAGCUUUGCAGUCUGGAAUUGUUCUGCUUCAGUGGUAUGAACCAAUGCAGAAAUUCAUGUUGAUUAAGCACUUUGAUUUUCCUUUACCAAGUCCCUUGAAUGUUUUUGAAAUGUUGGUGAUACCAGAACAGGAGUACCCCAUGGUUUGUGUAGCUAUCAGCAAAGGCACAGAGUCAAACCAAGUAGUUCAGUUUGAGACAAUCAACUUGAAUUCUGCAUCUUCCUGGUUUACAGAAAUCGGUGCGGGCAGCCAACAACUGGAUUCCAUUCACGUGACUCAGUUGGAGAGAGACACUGUUUUGGUGUGUUUAGACAAAUUUGUAAAAAUUGUAAAUCUACAAGGAAAACUAAAGUCAAGUAAGAAGCUUGCCUCUGAGCUGAGUUUUGACUUCCGCAUUGAAUCUGUUGUGUGCCUUCAAGACAGCGUGUUGGCUUUCUGGAAACAUGGGAUGCAGGGUAAAAGCUUCAAAUCGGAUGAGGUCACCCAGGAAAUUUCAGAUGAGACGAGAGUUUUCCGCUUAUUGGGAUCAGACAGGGUUGUUGUUUUGGAAAGCAGACCAACAGAAAACCCCACAGCACACAGCAAUCUCUACAUCUUAGCUGGGCAUGAAAAUAGUUACUAAGCAACAGAAACAAAUUCCAAGUGACGAGAAGACAAAUAUACUCCAUUGAAAGCAAGAGUGUUUUAAGGGAAUUCACUAUAGACUGCAGUAUGACUUGCUUUAAUUGUUGUGGGUUUUAUAUCAAAUGAUCUGUACAUUAGGAUAGAAUUCAGUAUUUUUCUGUAGCUGGAAACAGCUAGUCAAUCUCUUGCCACUGUGUGGUGGUUAUAUCAAGUUUGCUUAAUAAAAGCUAUGAGACGAAUAGUCCUCUAGUUCCAGGAAACACAGUCCUUUAAAAAAAAUAAUGUUUGUAACAAGGUGCCAUGGUUUUUUUAAAUAACUCACAUGAUUAUCUUCAGAGAGGUUAGUGAGCAGUCUGUCAUUUUAUACCAGGCCUUAUUCCUUCUUAGUGAACAUAAUUUGAUAAGAAGUUAUCGAACAAGCCUUUCACUUUGACAUUGGCCGUUCUGUAUGUUUUUGUAAGAUAGAAUAUUUAAUCCUUAUUUAUUAAUCUCUUGCUGGAGUGGUGUAAUGUUUCUAACUUUUAGCAAAGGAAGGUUGCAGAGCAGCUGUUUUUUUUUAUAAUGUGUGAACAUUUUGUUUACCUUUACACAGUCGUACUUUAGGGGCUACAGGCAAUGUGUUUAGGGGUUCAGCACAUGCAGUUUCAUUUAACAAAGUAUUUUCUGACAGUUUCACACAGGGUUGCCUUAAAGGGAAUUUAUGUUUUCCAUUGCGGAUGGUUGUAUGGGCUUGUGCUGAAGUGCUGAUGGUGGACAAAGCCUUGGCAGGCAUGUGUAAUGUCUAGGUGUGACUACCAUAUGUUUGACAAGCAGUAUAAUAUACCUGUGAUUUUUUUUUUUGCAUUAGGGAUAAUGCACAAGAAAUUAAUCUUCAUAUAUCUCAUGAUCCCUAAUGUUUGGGGGGAAAAGUAUUUAACUGCCCAUAUUAUGUCUUUUACUUAUGUUAUGCCAAUGGGGAACCUGCAAAGUAAUUUCGUGUGUAAUCUUGGGGUUUUCACAUACAUAGGUGUUCAUUGUGAGUAGGGUUAAGGAAAAAAUACUUUAAGUGAAAUUGGAAUUUCUGAUGGCAUAGUAUAGAUAAAUUAUGUUGUUUUUAUAUUUUUUAAAAAGCCACUAUACUAAAAUUCAAGGAUAGGGCCAUUUUUAGUAUGUUUUUCUUUUACAAUUGUUAGUAUUCAGAAUUGAUGUGUUCUAUUGGUACCAGCUGUCUUAAUGCAUUUAUUAAGACCACUUAGCAUUGAGGUGAUGAACAGGGGGCUAGUAGUAGCAAACUCUAGAAAUAGUCUGACCAGAUACUUGACAGGAAAACCAUGUACCUAUCUCAUCUUUAGCAGGCUUAUAAAGUACAUGUUAUCAUCUCCAUCUUUCCAAUGAGGAAAUAAGAGUUUAACAAAGUUAAGCAACUUAACCACUUCAUACUGGUUAGUUCUUGAGCCAGACCAAGAGUCUCCUGACUCUGCUCCUCUCACUAUGCAAUAUACAAGGAAUAAAAUGUUACACAAGCAA